CCUCCAACACCACAUUACAAUUACACAACUAUUUACUAUGCAGUUAUGUCAGCGGUCUUCACUUUAAAAGAAAAACAAACUACUACCAUGAAAAUAUUGAAUCUACGAAAUAUCUAUUAAGGAUGUGGAAAGCAGCUGAAAUCAUUUAUUGGAAUGUUUGACAUACUUGAAGAACAAAGGCCGGCUGGUGUGUUGCACAAAGACAUGGAUGAAGGGUUUUUAAGCUAUCGUUAUCAGGAUGCAGCAAUAUAUCUCCAGGAGGGAAAGAACAAUGACCGCUUUGCCACCCAUCCCACCCCUCAAACAAUGCGAUGGUACCUUCUAGCACAUUCCAGGUAUUACUAUGUUUUGGAGCUGAUGGCUGCAUUGUUUCUUCUUGCCUUGGGACUAACUGAAAAACCACCAGCAGGAGCAUCGACAGACGUCAAUCGUUUGACUCUUCCAGUUUAUGUUCAUGCAACCCUGGAAGUCCUCUCACUAAUAAUUAUCUUUGCUGGACUUGCUGUAAAACUGAAAUGGCAGGGAGGAAAACUUUUCUUCACCCAUAAGAGAACAUCUCUCAAGGUUAUUAUCUGGUGUGUGGUAUUUGUAGAAGCCAUUGUGGUGCUGGUGAGAAGGGAGAAUCAUUUCCGAGUGACAAGGUCUCUAAGACCACUCUUUCUCAUUGACACACAUUACUGUUAUGGGGUGAGAAGGGUUCUCAGACAAAUUUUACUUUCACUUCCCCCAAUCCUGGACAUGCUUUUUUUGUUGUUGUUUGUCAUGGUAAUCUUUGCUAUGUUAGGGUUUUAUCUGUUUUCUGACAAUGAAAAAGAUGAGUCUUUCAGAAGCUUCUGGAGAAGUUUUAUCAGCUUAUUUGUGUUACUUACAACAGCAAAUUAUCCUGAUGUGAUGAUGCCAGCAUAUAACAGAUCCCGAUGGUCUGUUAUCUUCUUUGUUAUAUACAUUGCAGUUGUUCUUUACUUCCUCAUGAAUCUGCUUUUGGCUGUGGUGUAUGACACCUUCACAAACAUUGAAAAGAAUAAGUUUAGAAAACUCUUUCUUCAUAAAAGGCAGGGUGUGAGAAAAGCUUACAAACUUCUCCACUCUGAAUGUCCUCCGCAUAGGAUCUCCUGGGAUACUUUCAAAGGCUUGAUGUCAUAUUACAAACCCAAAAGGACUGACUUGGAGAAAUAUCUUGUUUUCAAGUCACUAAAUACAAGUCAAACUGGAGAACUGAGCCUGGAUGAAUUUUACAAUGUUUUUGAAAACAGUCAGAUGAAGUGGAAGCGGGUAACAGAACAUUACAAUCAGUGGUUCAGCUGUUUUAAGUCAUGUAACUGUUUGUACCGCACACUCAAAGGUAAGAAUUACAUGGUUCGUUAUGAAAAGCUAACAUGUACAACUGCAAAUGUCACUGUAGAUGUUCACGUUGCAACUUUAAUAUUUCCAGUUUAUGUAGCAGAAGCCUUACUCAAAAUCCUUGGUCUCGGGUUAAGGAAAUAUUUCCUUUCUGGCUGGAAUAUAUUCGAUUUCUUUUUUUUUUUUGCUGGCUGUAUUGGUGCAGUUUCAACAUCCUUCAGUUUUAUCGUCUGUUUUUUUCCCUUGAGACUUCUCCUACUUUUUAAAUUGAAAGAAAGAUACCGUGACGUGUUUGAGACAAUGGGUGUCUUAUUACCUCGAAUGGCCAGAGUUGCCAUAGUCAUCCUUUUGAUGUACUACUCAUUUGGAAUCAUUGGAAUAGAAUGCUUCUCUGGACUAAAACUAAAAUUUUUUUGUGUGAACACAUCGUGGGAAGAAGAAUAUAAAGAGGGUGGUUAUUAUUAUUUAAAUAACUUCGAUGAUUUGUUGCAUUCAUACGUGACUUUGUUCGAGUUGACAGUGGUUAACAACUGGUUCAUAAUAAUGGAGGGGAUAGUUUUCAUGACAUCAGACUGGGCCAGAUUAUUCUUUAUGUCAUUUUACAUUGUCACAAUGGUUGUUAUGACGAUUGUUGUGGCGUUUAUCCUGGAAUCCUUCCUCUUCCGGAUUCAAUAUAGAAAAGAACAUCUUACGAAUGAGGGAGAGGAUAUGAAGAUCAAGAUGGAAAUCUCUGUGACCUACGAAGAGCUACUGGACUUAGGCGAAAGCUAUGUGACAGAUCUGCAGCCUAAUCAGACCGUUAAUUAUACAGGAAAACGGACCAAGACAAAAAUGGAUUUGAACAUAAAAAUGUACGACGAUGAAGUAGAGGUAUAAACUAUUCAUUGAUCAG